GCCGCCCUCUACUUAUGUCUACGGCCGUACUGCAUUCUCUCCCAAUCCUCUCUAAAAUGUGUAGUAGUAAACACGGUACGUACACCCAGGUCCGAGUCAGGUCCGGGUCCAAUUUGAUUCCCUUAUUGCCACCCAAGGCAAGUAUCUCGCUCAGCUUUCCACAACUCUUUUCUUCCUUUUGAUUUCUGUCAUCGACACACACAAAGAAACACAAUGCCCUCCGAUACCGCCAGCUCGAGCCCUGCGACGGCAGAGCCCACCAGCGCCUUCACUUGGUCCCAGGUACCUUCAGAGCCAGACGUCGGGAUAGCCGCCGAGGACCUCGUGGACGAGGAUGAUGAGCUUCCCAGCAAGCCUACGUUGGCGAACCGCAUACUCCAAAGACUCGAUGACAUCGACACCACCAUCUAUCGCAUCCAAUCCGAGCCCAAUACGCUCUUGAGCGACUUGCUGGGCUAUAUGGCGGAAGGUCAAAUCAGUAUGAGCGAUGGCGGAAGACGACCCGAUCCUCCUGUGGAUAACUCCUCGAAGGCACACACUAAGGAAGUGCGGAUAAAGCUUGAUAGGAUCCUGGUGGCGUUGAUGUCCGAAGGUGAUGUGAUAGACGAUGGAGCUUCCAUUGGAGCUCGAGUGUCCAACAUCGAGUCGCUCGUCAGGAUCUUGGUCGAACGCAGCCUCGCCUUCAACCCCAGGCCCCCCGUUCUCCGAAAAGAUGUCAGGGAUCUCAGGUCUGGGCGAAUUAUAGUGACCCCCGACGACGAUAGCUUCCUGCAAUCAGCAGAGGAUCAGUCUCUUUCUUCACCAUCCCGCCCCCUCUCUUGUGACAAGACCUCCAUUGACACCGAGCCGGGCAUUGCCCCUACUGUCGCAGACGGCAUGCUCACAGACAAUGUAUCAUCAGCUACGAGAGAGGCCAUCGCCGCCGCCGUUACAGACGGCAUAAUCACCUACCUGUCCAGCGCCCGCCUAUCCCACGCAUUCAAAGCUACCGUCUCCCGCUCGCUCUCCAUCCUCGAACAUAUCCCCAAAACGGAAGGGAUUGAUAUGAUGUUGAGUUUUGCAAUGGAUGACCUCUGUCAAGCGAAUGCGAAUGCAAAAGGGCUGGAUGGCAGGGCUAGAAAGUUGUUGGCGAGUGCGUCCGGCAGGUUGAGGGUGGCCUUGAUGUAUCUGAAGACGCAUCAGGAGGACGGGCAGGGAUGGAAGAUGGGGAUCCUAGAAUCGGUGAUAGAUGAUUUGGAUACUACUGCUACAAUGGUGUGAGCGCUGUCUCGAGAUAGAUAGUCAGCUCAUGCAACGUAUAAUAUUCUCCUGAAUUCGAUGUCUUCAGCGGAACCCCAGAUUCAUGGUCUCACAAGGCCAUGUGACAUAACCAUUCCUGCCGGUGCGGAUAUUGGUGUAAAUCCGAUGUAUGGUUGAUUGGGGUUAAACAGCCGGCGUACCGAGCUGCUUUGAUUCAACUGAGUCGAGGUGAAUCCGCGAUGAUGAUGCUAUUUGUAGUCUGGUGUAUUCCUCUCACAAUUGAGAACCUGGGAUUGGUGUUUUUGAUAUAUCGCCGUAUCGAAG